CAAAUGUGACCCUGGAUCCAGACACGGCCCAUCCCCACCUCGCCGUAUCUGAGGAUCAGAAAAGCGUGUGCCGGGGCACCAAAUAUCAAGAUCUGCCUGACAAUCCAGAACGAUUUGACAGGCAUUGCAUGGUGCUAGGAUGUGAGAGAUUCUCUUUGGGCAGGCAUCGCUGGGAAGUGACUGUAGGGAGUGAGGAAGGCUGGGCCAUAGGGGUUGCCAGGACAUCUGUGAACAGAAAGGGCAAGUUUACCGCUAGUCCUGAGGGAGGGAUCUGGGCUCUGAGGACAUGGAAAGGGGCGUACAAGGCAUUCAUCCCUUCUCUCGCCUCUCCUCUGCCUUUCAGUGGGGAGCUCAGGAGGAUCCGAGUCUGUCUGGACUGUGCUGGGGGGCGGGUGGCCUUCUUUGAUGCCGACACAUUAGCCCCUCUCUAUACAUUCUCAGGAAUCUCCUCCUCUGGAAAGACCCUCCAGCCCUUCUUUUGGGUGUAUGAGAAAGGCUGCCUCACUGUGUCUCCUUAAGGCCACCAGCCUCACUCACAGGCCUUAGCUGGUGUUAAGCUCCAGACUGAGGUAAUUCACCUACAAAUAAAAUUUGUUGAUCAAAGAUACCUCUCUAACCAGUCUGGAAAAGCCUCUGUGGGCUUCCAGUCACUCAGCAAAACGAACUGAAACGAAGUCUUCUUUUCCUGUCUUAACAUUAAAAGUCAUACAUGGGUUCAACCUCUACAACUUUCAAUCCUGGUUUCUGUUUCCUUUUCUUUUUUCCUACCUCACCAUCUCUUCUUCCGCUAAGGAGAUGCAGGCA